CCUGGCUCGAAGCCUUGGGGGUCCUCUUCCCCCCCCCAUGCUCUGGCUCGAGUGUGGGCGCCCAGCCGCCCCGUUCCCUGCGGGUCCCGCGCGCGCCCGCCUCCGCGCGCGCGCGCCAGGUUUCCCCCCCGCGCGCGCAGCCCUUCACCCGUGCUGGCGCAGGCGGCCACGCGGUUCUGCCGAUGGGCUCCCGCAGCUCCGCUCGCGGCGACGCGGCGCCGCCGCGCCAUUCCUUCCUCCACCCGCCGCGCCACAAUUUCGGCCGCUUCACCCUGGAGCCCAGGGACCUGCCGCCGGCGUCGGACGCGUGGCUCUUCUCUUCUUCCACGCUCUUCGUCGACCCGGGCACGCGCGCGCGUCGCGCCGGGUCGUCGCCGGCGGUGGCGGCGCUGGCGCCCCGGCUGCGGCGGCUGCCCGGGCCAGGCGCGUUGCAGCAGGCAGCGGCGCGAGCUGGCGGGUUGCCGCGCAGGACAGGCGCGGCAGGCAGCAACACGACCGAGAGCGUCACGCCUGCGACCAGUACGCAUAGGGGCAGUGCAAGCCGUGGCGCGAGCGAGGCGAACACCAGCGGUUCCAGCAACAGCCGCGUGACCAGCCUGCCGCGGAGAAGCGCGGAGUGAGGCCCAGUGCUGUGGCCACUGUGUCAGAAUCUGCCAGUUGGCAGUUGGUCGUUAGGCUGAGAUUUCACAUGUUGAGUGCACAUGUGCAUAAAACGGGGGACCGGUCCAGGGGGACCCAGGGCUGCAGUCCCGACCACAAAUGUGGGUGCCGGGGCGCUUGGGGCCCACCUGAGGCCGACAAUACGC